AUGGCUCGGCCCGCGGCGAGGGAGAGGGAGAGGAAGAGGGAGGGAAAGAGGGAGAGGGAGACAAAGAAGCCGAUGCCGGCGCCGCUAGCACCAGCCGCCAGAGCGACCAUCUCGUCUGGAUACCUACCGCGAACCAUGCCCCCCCUCGGCUUCGAGACCGGCGCCGGGCCUGACCUGUCCGCCGAGGCGUGGACUGCGGGUCUCCCCAUCGUGGCGUGGAUGGAUGGACGUGUGGGAGGCACGCACGCUGCUGGGACGGUUUUUCGCGAUGCUCGAGUUUAG